GCUAGCAUUAGUACACAAAAGAAAAGGAGUUUUAGUUGAAGUUGAUUGAGAAAAUAUAUAUAAUGAAGAGGGUCUCAAUUAACAUGGUGCAGGUUGCUCUAGUUGUUGUAGCAAUGUUGUUCUUGUUGAGCACUGCAACAGCUACAACGGUUGAAACAUCUAGAGAUGCAGAAGAAAUGCCGGCGGUGAUGAUAGUAGAAGAAGUGGUGAUAAUCCAACAACCAAAAAUGAAUGAUAAUGGAAACCGAAAACCAAAUAUGAUGAUUAUGAAACCAAAAACAAAAACUAAUGAUGGUCAUGGUCAUGGUCAUAUUAAUCAAGGUUUGCAGUGUGUAGCAGAAGGCUGGUAUUGUAACAGCAUAUUUGGACCAUAUUGUUGUGCUGGUACAUGUCUUGAUGUACCUCUUGCAGGUGGGGUGUGUUUUGGGACUUGGUAAUACCUAAAUCGAUCUUCAACAACCAACGCAUAUAUACUGUGUUUUCUUAAUUCGCUUCCACCUUUUAUAUGCUUGUUUCUUUCUUACUUGCAGCUUCCAUUUCCAUGGCUUUUUAAGCUCUAUGCUUACUUGUUCCAUGCCAAAUAAAUUAUGGAACCAUGUAUUAUAUUAUUAUAGUGCAUGCAUGUACGUGUGUUUGGUUUUUCCUUAUAAUAAUAUAUGUAAUUUAUGUA